AGAGAGCACUCUCUCAACUAUGGUAGAGAGAGAGCCAUUGAGGGAAUAAGAGCUUUCUUAUGGGUAUUUUGAAAACUUGGUUCUAGUGAAAAGGAGGUCUUUUUAUUGGUGGUCUCGUGCCAAAAUAUUUGCUUUCUAGAGAGAUAGAGAGAAGCAAUGGAAAGCCUGAAAGGUGGAGAAAGAGCGUCCCUGAACCAGGAGAGGGUCUGCAAGCGAUGCAAGAAAACGUUCACUCAGUCUUCAAAUUCUCCUUCUUCCUGUAGAUUUCACCCAUCUUUCUUUGUUUCUCGAAGGCAUGACGACCAGAAAAGAUACUACGAACUGGGGCCUGAUGAUCCUCCAUAUGCUGCCAAGUUUUACGACUGUUGUGGCGCGGAGGACCCGGAAGCAUUUGGCUGCAAAACUGAUUACCAUGUGUCAUAUGAUGAUUAAUUGGUUCUCUCACUAAGCUCUAAACUGUGAGCUUCAGUUGCUUGUAUGUAUGUGAAAAUAGAGUUUCGGUUAAAAAGACAGUUUAUAUAGUGUGAUUUGGGGUUUGGUGUAAAAAGAUCACAAUCGCUUCUAUCUGUUAGAUGUGAAAUCAUAUGGUCGAGGGUGUGUUAUUGGUGGCAUACAAGGUUCAAGAAAUUCUUUGCAGGAGUGUGGAGAAAUGGCACAUCAGCUGUUAUGUAGUUGUUUCUCUCUGGCAAAUAAAUGUGGUCUAUUGUAGAGCAGUCAUGGCU